AUGGAGGAAGGAGGAGUAUGUAAAACUUAUAACUUCUAUGACAGUUUUACGUUCCAUGAAGUUGUUGGCAUUCGUGUGGUGAAGGGUGAACACCAUGAUAGUCCCUAUAUAGAUGCUAGAAUUUCUAAGCUGAAAGAUGUUGAAAAAGUGGAUGAGGAGGGUGCAGAUUGGAGUGAGGUAGCAGGGCAAGGAGGCCUGGGAGAAAUUUUGGCUUCGGAGAGCUCUGCAGAUGGAGCAGAGGACAAUGGGCAUCACUCCAAGCAGUUUCAAGCGUCACAUGGAGUGAAUGAAAAUGUUAUUGAAUCUGUUAAUGUUUAUUCUAAUGGAGGAGGAGAUGUUUUAUCUCGACCAGAAUGCAUUGACAUUCACCAACCCGAUUGGAUGGAUGUGGAUGAUAGUAUCAACGUGGAUAAUGAGUUGCCUCGUGUGAAGGAGGGAGGAGGCAAUAGUGAUGAUUGUCGUCAAGGAAGAGACAAUAAUUUAACAGGGGAUUUGCCACCAUUUGGAUCAUUCGUUAGUAGGCCUCCUUCUCUCCAACAUCUGGACCUAAGGAACAACAGGUUGUAUGGAACAAUUCCAGAGACCAUUUCAGAGCUUUAUUCCCUCACAGAUGUGUACCUCAGUAACAACCGAUUGUCUGGAACAAUUGCAGAUACCAUUUCAAAGCUUUCUUCCCUCGUAAAUCUGGACCUCAGAAACAACCAAUUGUCUGGAUCAAUAACAGAUACCAUUUCAAAGCUUGUCCGCUUAGCAAGUUUGUUGCUCAGCUCCAACAAUUUAACUGGCAGUAUUGCCCUUUCCGCCCUGGAAGAUCUAGCUCACCUCGAAGAAGUGGACAUUUUUGAAAACCAACUUACAGUUAAUACCUCUUUAAGUGGGAUUCCGCAAUUGGCCCAACUGGAGUACCUGAGGUUAAGGUCUUGUAAUCUCCAAGGGGAGAUUUCUCCUUUUCUGUCUUCUUUAUACUCACUAAAACAAUUGGACUUGUCAGAUAAUAACCUUGUGGGGAAUAUUCCUAAUUGGUUGUGGGAUCUUCCCAGUCUUCAAGCGCUCUCUCUUCCACAUAACCAACAGGAAGGACUUAUUCCUCAGCGUUUGGGGAAGUUGAAUGCUGUGGCUAAUCAGACACAAAGUGAUGAAAUAGGGAUGAGCUCCAGUAAUUGGGUUAUGGGAGAUGGUGUUGGUCUCGAUUUUCAAAUAAGGUUUGUGAAUCAAGUAACACUUUGGAUUAAAGGACGAGCAACUCCAUACCCUAAGAUUAUCAGUGCCUUCAAAUUUAUGGAUCUUUCCCACAACCAAUUGUCAGGCAAUAUUCCUGAGGAAAUGGGUGAGCGGAAGGGUCUAAUUGCUCUCAACGUUUCAAACAACAAUCUGAGUGGCAGCAUUCCCGAAUCCUUCGGAGGUAUGGCUCAUCUGGAAUCUCUGGAUCUUUCGAGAAAUAUGUUGUCAGGCAAUAUUCCAGCAGAUCUUGUAAAUCUCACAUUCCUUUCUGUUCUGAAUGUUUCAAACAACAACCUUUCUGGGUUAAUACCACAAGGGAAGCAGUUUGCAAUGUUUGAGGGUUCUUCUUAUUUGGGGAACCCCAAUCUUCGUGGGUCUCCCUUGGAAAAUGGAUCACUGAUAUCUGGUUGGGGUGAAAGAGGUGGCCAAGCACAGUCGAAUAGUACAGGAGUGUCAGAGACAGACACAUAUGAUGAAAUGGAUCGAUGGUGGGCAGUGUCAGUGGGAUUAUGUUUUGGGGUGGGAUUCGCAAGCAUAAUUGCAGUGCUGUGCUUUCAUCUAGAAUGGAGAUACAAAUGUUUUAGUUUGCAGGAUAGGUUUAUCGAAUAUAUUUGUGAACUUUGA